AUGUUGAUGGGCUUUCCCCCUGAUUACCAAGAGAAGCAGUACUAUCAGGAUGCUAUUGGCUCUUUUGGUAAAUUUCUGUAUUGGCAAGAGGAAGAGAGGAGGUUGACUAGAGUGAUCAUAAGGGCACGUGUGAUUGACCUGCAGUCUAUACCGCAUUUCAUAGUUUUCUCUGAGUCUGAGGGGUUCAAAAGCGAUUCUUGGACUAUGCAGUGUGAAAUCCUACAGCAUAAUCUUCUUGGUGGCGGCCCUCAGGAUGAGGACCCAGUCCCUAAACUUCCAAUUGGGGAUGGUGCUCCCUUUGCCUUUUUUGGGCUGGGGCAGCCUGAUCAGCUUGUGGAUUUCAAUGAGGUUAACCUCCCUGAAGAUUUGAUGGAGGGCCAAGAUGAUCAAGAUGCAGGGCCAGACCAGCAUGGGCCAGGAAAUGGGAACAUUCAGCUCAAUGUAGGAAUGGUGCUAAUUCAGCAAGAUGGGCUAGAUCUUGCCUUUGCUGACUGGGAAAGGAGGAAAACUACUGAAGCUACUAGGAUUUGGGCUACUUAUUUCAGUCUAGGUAACCCAAAUUCUAUUCAUGUCAGCAUCCCAACUGAGUGGGCCAAUUUCUUUACUGUUAUGCUCAUGUCACUAGAAAACUUCUACUGGGCCAAGGAGUUCCUGUCUCCAAGGCUACACUCUGUCUGA